AUGUCAAACUCAAACAUCACAAGUUGUGAUAGUUGGAGCUUCUCCACAGAGAACACGGGAGAAGAUGCAGCAGCUGUUAAACAGCAAUUAGAGAUGCUUGGCCAACUCCAUAGUCCAAAUUCAAACACUUCAACUACAACAAAUAAUAGCAAUGCCUCAAACACAACCUCACAACCACCUCCUAAGAAGAAAAGAAACCUACCAGGAAAUCCAGACCCAAAUGCCGAAGUGGUAGCUCUAUCACCAAACACUCUUGUGGCAACAAACAGGUUCGUGUGUGAAAUAUGCAACAAAGGGUUUCAAAGGGAUCAGAACCUUCAAUUGCACCGUCGAGGACAUAACCUACCGUGGAAGCUCAAACUCAGAACCACGACGGAAGUCAGAAAACGCGUUUACGUUUGCCCCGAACCCUCCUGUGUCCACCACAACCCAGCUCGCGCGCUGGGCGAUCUCACCGGCAUUAAAAAGCACUUUAGUCGAAAGCACGGCGAGAAGAAGUGGAAAUGCGAAAAGUGCUCCAAGAAAUACGCUGUUCAUUCUGACUGGAAAGCUCAUUCCAAAGUAUGUGGAACCAAGGAAUACAAAUGUGAUUGUGGCACCAUCUUUUCCAGAAGAGACAGCUUCAUCACACACAGAGCUUUCUGCGAUGUACUGAGUGAUGAGAACAACAAAUUCAACGAAUUAGGACCAUUGCCAAAUAUCAUGCAUGGUUCAAACCUGCAACCACCAAUAAUCCCAAACCUAGUUGCAUCACUACCAGUCAAUACCAAUAAUCACAAGCUACCAUUAUCACUCCCUCACGACCUCAUUGCAACAAUUCCAGCGAAACCCUUUAACAGCAACAUGGCAGCAUUUACAAGAAGCCUUCCAUCCACCACUUCUCCCUCUCAACUGUGCUCAAACUCACCAAAUAUCAACAUGUUCGAGGAAAAUGCUCAAACUCACUUGUCCGCCACAGCAUUGCUCCAAAAAGCUGCACAAAUGGGCGCAACAUUGAAUACUAACAACAGCAGCAUGAUGAGUGAAAAGGGUUUUGCUACAAGCAUGGCACCACCAUCGUAUGGGGUCAUGAACCCCAACAUGCACAAUGGUCAACAAGACUUGUCUCAGUAUGACUUCAAUGCAAAUGGGACGAUGAUAGAUGGUGGUGGCAAUGCCAUGGGAGGAGAAAUGAGUGGUUUGGAUAUGUUUAAUGCUAUAUUGGAUCAAAGUAAGGCCUUGUCGAAGAUCAUAGAGCAGAACAAUCGAAGUAGUUAUAGCGGUGUUUUGCAUGCAAUGAAUGGUACGUCGAGUGUUUCUUCCAUUGAUGUUGGUGGAACCAAAGGGGGUGAGAGUGUCAUGACUUUGGACUUGUUGGGGAUUGGAGGAGGAGGAGGAGGUGGUGAUGGAAAUUUCUUUGGUGGUGACCAACAAUCAGAACUAAAGAUGGAAUAUGGAGAAAUUGGUCAAAUAAGAAUGCAGGGAUUGAACCAUUUUCAGCAACAACCAGCUGCAUAUGAAAAUUAA